AUGGCCUACAAUCAUCGCAUGAGCCAGCAAUUCCAUGGCUCCCAACCGCACAAUCGCGGCCGCAAGAAGGAAGACGAGAAUGAUGCGUUGAUGCGCCUGCCCGACAAAGAAAUUGCAGGAUGUAUCAACGAUAUCGGUAUCCCGUUUUCCUCGGCCGACCUGGUCAAGCCGAAUCCCCAGCAGAUCCAGAUGGUCUUUGAAUGGUUUGCAGAGCUGCUUAUGAACAUCACUCGCGAGACGGUGGAGCCGGCUAUGCAUGUGGCUGCGGAAGAUAUCUGCGGCGACUAUCCUGAUAUCGUGCCCAAUGACACGCGCAACCUCAUGGGGUUCUUUAUUAGCCUUCGGAGGUUGUUGAUGGAGUGCGGCGUCAACGACUUCACCUUCACCGACCUGACAAGACCUACGCAUGAUCGACUGAUCAAGAUCUUUUCUUAUUUGAUCAACUUCGUUCGCUUCCGGGAAUCGCAAACCCAGGUGAUUGACGAGCACUUUAACAAGACAGAGCAGACCAAGUCGCGCAUUGAUACUCUGCUGGCGGAGAACCAGGAAAUGGAGCAGCGUCUGGGCGAGAUGCGACGGAAUCUCCAAGCCAACGAAGCUCAAGUGAGGGAUAAAGUGGGCCGAAACGACGAGCUCAAGGCACGAUUGCUGGAGUUGGGACGAGAACAGUCUCGGGUCGCGGAGACACUUGAUCGUGUCAAAAGCGAACGAGCUCGGAGACAGCAACAACUCGAGGAAAAGACCGAGAAGACCGUCCGUACACGGCAAGAGGCAGAGAAAUUGCGACCUUAUGUCCUCGAAUCCCCGGCAACUCUUCAGUCAUCUUUGACUGAUUUGUCAGAGAACCUGAUGCGCGAGAAAGCUCAGAUCGAUGCAAUGGAAAAGAGAGCUCGUGCUCUUCAAACGUCGUCGGACACCUUCACUGUGGUUUCCAACGAUGUCCAGGCAUGCGUCAAACUGCUUGAUGAUAUUACCGUGGAAUUGCAGAAGGAGGACGAGGAGGAGUCUCGUGCUUCCCGGAACAAGGAGGCUAUCUCGGACCGGGGGAAUAGUGUUCGGGAGGUCGAGCAAACCGAGAAGCUUUUGCAGCGGCAGCUAGCUCGUUGGAAUGAACGUAUCGAAGGACUCCGGAAGAAUGCCCAGGAGAAGGCAGAGAUUGCCCAGGUCCGCAUGGAAGAGCUUCGCAAUGUUCAGAAGCAACUGCGCGAGGAGCGUGCCGAGAAGCAGCGGGACAUGGAACGAAGGCGGAUUCGCAUUGAACAGACGGAGAAAAAGAUGGCCGAUCUCAAAGAAAAUAUCGAGAGCGAGAUUCAAGGCGCCCACGAUCAAUACCUGAAGCUCGAGUCACACAUCAAGCUCUAUAUCACAGAGAUGGAAAAGUCCCUGUGA